GUGUGACAAGUGAUGAUAAUAAAAAGUGAUAAAAUUUGUAUAAAGUACUCUUUUAAAUUGAAUUAUAUAUGCCAUAAUUAUGCGUCACGCAUGCAAAUAAGUAAGGUUUUUUUCUUCAUCUAGUAUAAUUCACACAAAAACGUGUAAAAAUGGAUACCAAAGAAGUUGUCGACCACUUGGUGGCUUUAAAAGUUAUGAGACUCACUAAACCUGCUCUGAUAAGUCCCAAAAUAGUAACAUGUGAUUUUAAAGAUUUACCAGGAAAUAUUUUAAACAAUUUUUUGAAAGACGAUGCGACGUCAGUGGUGCAGAUGGAAACUUUAGCGGCAGGUCAAUUUCUCUUAUUACCUCAAAGUUUUGGUAACAUUUAUCUCGGAGAAACAUUUUCAUGUUACGUUUGUGUACAUAAUGAGACCUCGCAAGCUGUGCAGAGUGUGUCUAUAAAAGCUGAUUUACAAACAAGCUCACAGAGGAUUCCUUUAUCAACACAAAAUCAAUCUCCAGUGAUGCUGGAUGUUGAUGAAACAUUAGGUGAUGUUAUUCACCAUGAAGUUAAAGAUUUGGGCACUCAUAUUUUAGUAUGUGAGGUAACAUACAUGUCAAAUUACAAUACACUAGCCUCAUUCAGAAAAUUCUUUAAAUUUGAAGUUAUGAAACCAUUGGAUGUCAAAACAAAAUUUUAUAAUGCUGAAUCUGACGAUGUCUUCUUAGAAACUCAAAUACAGAAUAUCACCUCGGGUCCAAUAACUCUUGAACAAGUAUCUCUUGAAAGCUCUCAACAUUUCUCAGUCCAAUCACUGAACGAAGUGGACAAAGAUUUAUCAGUUUUUGGUUAUGUAACUUUACUCCAACCUCAAGAAAGUUGCCAAUAUUUGUAUCGUUUAACACCAAAGGAAACAAUUUCUAGUGAAACUAAACACAUAAUAGCUCCGAAGAAUAUAGGAAAACUAGAUAUUGUCUGGAGAUCAAACUUAGGAGAGAAAGGGAGACUGCAAACCAGUCAGUUGCAAAGAAUAACUCCUGAUUAUGGGGACAUAAGGCUUUUGUAUGUGGAUUUACCCAGUAAAGUGUCUGUUAAUGAGCCAUUUGAUUUUAAAUGCAAGAUAGUUAAUGCAAGUGAGAGAACAUUAGAUUUAAUAUUGAAAUUACGUUCUCUCCAAGAUUCUAGUCUUUUAUGGUGUGGGAUAUCCAAUAGGAAGUUAGGGCCAUUAGAACCAGGUGGUGUCAAAUACAUUGAUCUAACUGCUCUACCAAUAAGUACAGGCCUACAUGUUAUUACAGGAGUAUCACUAGUAGAUUUAUUCUUAAAAAGAACAUAUGAUUAUGAUGACUUGGCGUCAGUUUAUGUUUUUUAGGUAAUAAGCAAUUUUAAACUAAAAAUGUGGUAAUGAAAAUUUCUAUCAUCAAGCCUUUU